AUGGCUGAUGUUAUUGCUCAAUCUCACGGGGGUGAUGGUGGAGGAUGCGAUCCUCCACGUGGACCGUCAGAUAUCCCAGCUGAUUGUGAACGAGCGCCUCCAAGUAAACGUGGACGCCAUAAGGGAUUGAACACGCGGGAAAAGAGGGAACAGUUGGGGCGUCCUCUCCCUCUCGAGUGGGAUGUGCGGGGGAGAACAUAUAAAGAGAUCGGAGAGUACAACUCAAAUUUCUCAAGAGAGCUCAGAUUACUUGUUCGACAGUACACAGAUCCGGACUGUCCUCAAUGGUCAAAAGUACCAAAUGCCUCGAAAGAAAGAAUACUUGCACAUUUGGAAGAUGAUUUGUUUGAUAUUGGGCGUACUAGAUAUGGAGAAGGGCAUAUGCCUGGGAUCUUGAGAGGCAUUGAUACUUCGUGUGCUAAAAAGUAUUCUGACUGGAAGUACGAUAUUAAAGAGCACUUAACGAUUACUGGGCCACAAAAUCGUUAUGGUGGUUGCACGGAUACGCAGUGGCAAAAAGCAAUUGAUUUUUUCCGACGCCCAGAAAUUACGGUAUUAAUUUCUUGCUAAACUUAACUAUCUUAAUUAAAUAUAUUACUAACGAUAACUUUUUGCAGAAACGUUCUGUGGUCAACAAGGAAAAUAGAAAGAAACUGAAAGAGCUUAGCUAUGGAGGUUCUCAGUCAAUCCCAGCCUUACGCUAUAAAAAGGAGGAAUUGCGUGCAUACCGCGACACACAGCAGACACAGGCAACUGAUACUGAGAGUUCCACACCAGUUUCGAGUGCGCCUGAAGAUGAAGACAUAUCUUUGGUACAAAAUGUCUUCGGAAAACGAUGGGGCCACCAGAAAGGAUAUGGACGUAUCCUUAACAUAAGGGACCGAACUCCAUUUGAUUUUCGUCCUUCACA